CAACUCUCCCUUUUCAGUCGCGAAAUACCGCUCUUUUCGCUCCCAGGCAUUUCCCAACCACCCACGCUCUUUAAGCCUUCAUCCCAUUUCGUGUGAGCCGCGCUCUUUACGCUCUCUUUUACCAGCUGUAUUUCCGACUCUUGAAUCGUUUCGCACCCUCACGUCCCUGCGCUCGAUCAGGCCAGAGAAUCCCCCCCAUUUAGAUCCAGCAGCGCCUGAAUCCCUCCCAUCUCGAUUUGCGAAUCCAAGCUACAUCAACUGAAGAGCUAGUCUCCUUUGCCCUCGCAAACCUACGGUCUCUCAGCCGACUCCGAUCCAUAAUACGAAAUUAUCGUCGCAGGGCGCCUACCGAUAACAACCCAGACCAAUAUUCCCUUCUUGUCCAGUCUGAGUGGGUUUCGGUUACAUAAACCAACACAAGGACCAACCACCUCCUACAUACAUAUACACAGAAUCGCUGCAGAAACGAAGAACCAAAAAUGAAUAUCCUCUCUUUUUUCUCCGCGCUGUUCCUUCUGCUUGCGACUCAGCUCGUAGCUGCUGAAGAUAGCAUGGUCACCUCCACGAGAACCACCACGACCACCAACACCAUCACUGUGACCAUCAUCCGCUCCGUCGCCAGCUCCUCCACCAUCGGGGCCACUACCAUAAUUCCCACGGCUGCUGCAUCUACAACGGCAGAUGCCUCUUCGUCUUCCACGCCAAACAUUGCCAUUGCUGCAGCACCAACCGCGAUGCCAAUGCUGAUGGCUGGAGGUCUCGCCGUGAUCCUAGGCGCGGCGCUCUAAAAUCCUUUGAAGAAAAGAAGCUAAUCGGAAAUGGGUGUGGAGUGGUGAAGGAAGCGGGAGUCGGGGAAGUGAAUUGGAGAGAAGGGCUUGCAGAGGAAGCAAAGAUAAAACCAACACAUGAUUGAUGGAUUGAUUGAUUAUUGACGGAUUGAUUGACACCUAGGGGGUUUUGGUGGCACUGCUGUUUUCAUUAACUUUUGUAUACGAUUUUUUAUUGUUCUCUUCGAAAGAUACCCACUUUAUUUUACCCCAUUAUUGGUGUAAGGUAUAUGGGGGGCUCAUUGGAAACUUAUCCGAAAAUCCAUCCAUAUA